AUGAACCAGCUUUGCUCAUCGAUGAUAGUUGAUGGCAUUCCGCCAUUGCAAAAUCAGAAAACAUCACAAAUUGUGGUGACAUAUGAAAACUCGGAAUCGGCUUCUGUAGUCGGCAUUUUGGAAGUUUCGGCAGAUAUGGGUGCAACUGGGGUCAAUGCAGGUGCUAAUGGGAUAGUGUCUGAUAGUGCAGUACCCUCACCAGGUAGAAGAAGACGUUCGAUCUUCUGCUCGUAUUGGAAAAACGAUAACCAGAACACAAAAGAAAACAAUGCGCCACAUCAAAGCCGAACAGUGCAACGCUCAGAGUCUCCACGGUGUGUACUGCGGCAUCCGUACGUUCAAGUCUACGCGAUGUCUGAGAAGCACAAUAAGAAUUCCUGCUCAAGCAACAAGAAGGAGGAUAAAACCGAGACAGCGUCUCGUCCAUAUGAUAGCCGGCCGCUAUUGCUUGCCUCCAUGUGGAAAUCUCUUCCAGCAAUCUUUUUGGAAGAGAGGUCAAAAGCGCUUUCUCGACCAAUUAAGUCAGAGCCUAUCUUGGGGUCAAACAAGCUAAAGCCUACGCUGCGGAAGGGACGUUUCAGUGGUGGCUUAGCCCCACAAGAUGAACGAUGUAGAACUGGUACUAGCGUAACCUUUCAACCUCUGAUCAAGAUCCAUCCCUUCGAGCCACCAAUGGAUCGUUGGGCGGAAAGUGGUUGGUCCAAGCAGUUUGGCUCGUGA